AUGGCCAUGGCCGCCGCGGGGGGCAGGAACUGCAGGCGCCUCUGCGCGGCCGUUCUCGUCCUCGUGUUCAUCGCAGCCGUCGACUCUGUCCCGGAGGGAGCCGGCGCCGGGGACAGCGGGUUCAUAACGUGGGACGACCUCAGCAUGCCGUCCGCCGUGGCCGGCACCUCCGCCGGUGGCGUUGGCGUUGGCGUUGGCAAGGCGGCAGGGGAGGACCGUGGCGUCCGGACGACGACGAUCGUGGUGUCGCAGGACGGGACGGGGCACUCGCGGACCGUGCAGGGCGCCGUUGACAUGGUGCCCGCCGGCAACCGCCGUCGGGUCAAGAUCCUCGUCCGGCCGGGCGUGUACAGGGAGAAGGUGACGGUGCCGAUCACGAAGCCCUUCGUGUCGCUCAUCGGCAUGGACACCGGCCGCACGGUGAUCACGUGGCACGCCAAGGCGUCGGACGUCGACCCGUCGGGGCACCAGAUCGGCACCUUCUACUCCGCCUCCGUCGCCGUCGAGGCCGACUACUUCUGCGCCAGCCACAUCACCUUCGAGAACUCCGCGCCGGCGGCGGCGCCGGGAGCCGUGGGGCAGCAGGCGGUGGCGCUGCGGCUGUCCGGCGACAAGACCAUGCUGUACAGGUGCAGGAUCCUGGGGACGCAGGACACGCUAUUCGACAACAUCGGCAGGCACUACCUGUACAACUGCGACAUCCAGGGUUCGAUUGAUUUCAUAUUUGGGAACGCAAGGUCCUUGUACCAGGGGUGCACGCUGCACGCGGUGGCGACGAGCUACGGCGCGAUCGCGGCGUCGCAGCGGGGCUCGCCGGGGGAGGACUCGGGCUUCUCGUUCGUGUGGUGCAAGCUCACCGGCUCCGGCAUGCUUUACCUGGGCAGGGCGUGGGGCAGGUACGCCAGGGUGGUCUACUCCUACUGCGACCUCAGCGGCAUCGUCGUCCCCCAGGGCUGGAGCGACUGGGGCGAUCGGUCAAGAACAAGAACGGUGCUGUUCGGCGAGUACAGCUGCAAGGGUCCAGGGGCGAGCACGAGGCAGAGGGUACCUUGGUCCCGGGAGCUCUCCUACGAGGAGGCGCGGCCGUUCCUCGGCCGGAGCUUCAUCAACGGCGAGCGGUGGCUCAGGCUGUAGAUCCCACCACCGUUCCUCGGUUGGUGCUUCGUCGACGGGGAGCAAUGGCUCGUGCUGUAGAUCCUGCGAAUUCUGCACAUUCCUCUAC